CAUCUCGCGGUAAAAGUGGAUGAAAAACUUAGAACAGAAAGCUCCCAAGGACAGUUCGGUACGGCAACCGCUGACGCACUCGAGCACAAUCUCGAGGAAUUAACACUGCACACGGAGGGGGAGUACGCAUACAAUAAGACCUGGAAAGAUGCGAGUGGUGACCAGAAAGAUACGGAUGGAAGGAAUGCAGGGGAGGUUCCGGAAAUAACGAGCCAUGAACCGUUUACGAUAAAGAAGAGUACAUUCCAGGCACACGUCGCGGCGGUACACUCCGUCGAG